AUGCGUUGGCGAAUGGAGCAAGUCGAGCAGUUGGUGCUGGUCGCCCUGCUCGUUCUCCUCGUUGUGCAGGGUAAUCCCGAUGCCAAGCGCCUCUACGAUGACUUGAUGUCUAGCUACAACAAACUGGUUCGGCCAGUGCAGAAUAAUUCAGAAAAGCUCACUGUCAAGUUGGGCAUCAAGCUCACUCAGCUGAUAGAUGUUAACUUGAAGAAUCAAAUCAUGAGCACAAACAUGUGGGUGAUCCAGGAGUGGACUGACUACAAGCUCAAGUGGGACCCGGAGGAGUACGGCGGUGUCUCGGAGUUGUACGUGCCUGCAGAGCAGAUAUGGCUGCCUGACCUGGUACUGUACAACAAUGCCGACGGCAACUACGAGAUUGUCAUCAUGACAAAGGCCAUCGUCCACUUUGACGGCCGCGUCGAGUGGAACCCGCCCUCCAUCUACAAGAGCUCCUGUCACAUCGACAUCACCUACUUUCCCUUCGACUACCAGGAGUGCAAGAUGAAGUUCGGCAGCUGGACGUACGACGGCGGCAAGGUCGACCUGCUCUACCUGACCUACCCGAACAUCACCGACGAGAAGGUAGUGGAAGAGGGCAUGGACCUCAGCGAGUUCUACCUCAACGUCGAGUGGGACAUCAUGGCGGUGCCCGCCCAGCGGCACAUAAUCAAGUACGUCUGCUGCGAGGAGAUCUACAUCGACAUCACCUACAACAUUACCAUGCGCCGGAAAACGCUCUUCUACACCGUCAACCUCAUCGUGCCCUGCGUCGGCAUCUCGGUCCUCUCAGUGCUCGUCUUCUACCUGCCCUCGGACAGUGGCGAGAAGGUGACCCUUUCCGUGUCCAUUCUCCUGUCGCUGACCUUCUUCUUCCUCGUGCUGAUCGAGAUGAUACCGGCCACGUCGCUGGUCAUUCCCCUGCUCGGCAAGUACCUCAUCUUCACGAUGUGUCUGGUCACCCUGUCGGUGAUUGUCACCAUCAUAGUGCUCAACAUUCACUUUCGCUCACCUUCCACGCACAAGAUGGCUCCCUGGGUGCGAAAGUUCUUCAUCCACCGACUGCCCAAGUGGCUGUUCAUGAAGCCGCCGCAGUACGAUCUCGACCUGGAGAUUGACCGCAGACUUCUGAAGAAGAGCAACAAAAAGAAUAAACGAAACAAGAACGGAGGCAACAACGCCCACAACAAUGGCCACCAGAUGCCAGUCGGUGAUCCGCUGAUGCUCUCCGGCGAGGGAAAGUCCUCAUUUGAAAUUGAGCCGCAGUUUUGCUAUCCUCGGAAGAUUGACGAAAUCGUCAAGAGCGCCAAGUUCAUUGCCCUUCAUAUCGACAAUUCGGAUGACUACAAAAGCAUCCAAGACGACUGGAAGUACGUGGCCAUGGUCCUCGACCGCCUUUUCCUCUGGAUCUUCACGGUGACCUGCGUCGUCGGCACCGUGGGCACCUUUGCCUGGGCGCCCUCCAUCUACGACCUAAUCGAUGAUCAUCUGUUGUCUUCUACAACUGGUUAA